UCCUCCCCCCUGGCCCGGCGCCAGUCCCGCCUCCCCGCUCCUGGCCGGUGUCCCACUGGCCGCCUCGCAGCCCGGUGUAUGUGCGGUAACAACAUGUCGGCGCCGCUCCCCGCCAUCGUCCCGGCCGCCAGGAAGGCAACAGCUGCUGUCAUUUUUCUUCAUGGAUUGGGAGAUACCGGGCAUGGAUGGUCAGAAGCGCUUGCAGGUAUCAAAAGCCCCCAUGUAAAAUACAUUUGCCCACAUGCGCCAGUUAUGCCAGUUUCUUUGAACAUGAACAUGGCUAUGCCAUCAUGGUUUGAUAUCAUUGGACUUUCUCCAGAUUCACGGGAAGAUGAAGCUGGGAUCAAGCAGGCAGCAGAGAAUGUUAAAGCACUGAUAGAUCAAGAAGUAAAAAAUGGAAUUCCUUCUAAUCGAAUUAUUCUAGGAGGCUUUUCUCAGGGAGGUGCUUUAUCAUUGUAUACAGCUCUUACAACACACCAGAAAUUAGCAGGUGUUGUAGCCCUCAGCUGUUGGCUUCCUCUACAGGCUUCUUUUCCUCAGGGCCCUAUCAGUGGUGUCAACAAGGAUAUUGCUGUUCUUCAGUGCCAUGGAGACUGUGACCCGUUGGUUCCUUUAAUGUUUGGUUCUCUCACUGUUGAGAAGCUGAAGAGUAUGAUAAAUCCUGCCAACAUAACCUUCAGGACUUACUCGGGCAUGAUGCAUAGCUCAUGUAUUGAGGAAAUGAUGGAUGUAAAGCAGUUCAUAGACAAACAUCUACCUCCCAUAGACUGAAAUAAUACGUGAGAAGCCUUCUGUAUAAAUACACCAGCAUCAACUGUGGUAGUGUUAAUCUUUUCAUAUGUCUGAUAGGAAGCAUUACUUCUAUACCUGCAGUGUUACUACUGUGUUGCAAAUUUAUACUUAGGAUGAGGAUUAAAUAAUGUACAAGAAAUGGUUAUCUUUUUGGUAUUAAUCAUCCACUGGCGGGACUAUAUGAAUGAGGCAGCUAAAUAACAAUGACAGAAUAUAACCUAACAUACUGGUUUAAAACAUCUGAUUUUUUUUUUUUUAUUUUAUUGCAGAAUUAAACUAUUUGUACAAGUAAUUAAAAACUAAAUUUAAGUGAGCAACAUAAAUGUGACCAGUUUAGUUACACUUGAGACAUUAUUUGUUUUCAGUACUCAUUGGAAAGGUAUUACAGCAUUUCCUGCAUGCACAACAUGUAACGCAGUGGGCAUAUUAUGGUAGAAUAAAUGGUGCUAAGGACAGAGCUUUAUAUGUUAGUUGCUACUCCAGAUAAGGAGGGUGAUUCUCCUAUAAUGGCUAGAAGUCAGCGUAUUUUGACCACCUCAGUUUUUAACUGUUUCAUACUGGUAGAUACUGUUUAAAUUCUGAAGGGACUCAUUCCAUGUCAGACCAUGAUUUGAUGCUCAUUGUCUUUUGGUGUUUUUUUUUUUUUUGUUUGGUUUGUUUUGUUAGUUUUUUUUCAGUUACUGUAAACUGAUGUCAAAUGCUGACUUGGAACAGAAUUCUGAAGAAGUGCAUAGAGUCGGUUCAAGUUUCAGUUCAAAAUUCCUGGGUUUGUACUGAAUAUCUGAGUAUGUCUUGUGCUUUAGUCUGUGUAGUUUUCAUUUGUGUAGACGUGUUGAUAUAUUUCACAGAGUAAUUCCAGAAUAUAGUUUUGAUUUUUCUGUCUGCUUUGGAGUAACUAAGUGAAAAUAAUGCAGCUGUAUAGUUUUAUCUAUUGUUGAAGUCUCAUCUGUAACACAGGCAUUGACUAUAAUUUGAAUUAUUUUUUAAUAGAAAUACAAGUGCAAUUAGGAUGUAACUUACUUUAAAAUUGUACCAUGUAGUACUUUCUUUCAUUGCUUAUUGAGACUUGGCCUAGGAAUAUGAAGGCCUACUGUGGGAAAAAAUAAAUCUGCAAGAUACAGAAUGUCUCUUUCAGAAGCUUAAAAUCCUAGAAUGCACUGGGUUACGGAAAUUGAUGCACAUUCAAAAGCGUUUUGCAGUUAAGAGCCAUAAUUCACUUCUGGAAACAGCUGCUUUUCUGUAGAGCUCAGAGGCUGUCACCACACAGGAAUGUUUAAAAAAACACACUACAGUUUUUACUAUGUAUUAGGCUGCAUAACAAUGUUCUAUACUACAAUAUGUUUGCAAGCAAAGAAUAUUCCUUUUUGAAUGCAUCUCUUGUGUCAGCAAUGUGCUUCAUACCUGCAUUUAAGGUACUUUCUCCUCUCCCAGCUUAAUCAAGUGGUUCUCUUACAGUGUAUAUGGAUUUAUGUCCACAGCAUCUGCAACACAAAUGCAUAAGUGGGUAAUUAUGCAUCUAUAGCCCUUCUUUUUGCUGCCAGAAAUCUGACUUGUUCACCUGCCAUGAGUUCUUAAUUUUCAGUGCUGGGUUUUAUUUUUUUCAUAUGUAUUGCACUUCAUUUAAAGGAAGUAAUUUUUCUUGUAUAAUCCAGUCUUUCUGGAUUAAAUGUCUCUUAACAUGUAAAACUGGAAAGGAGUUUUUUCUAAAUGGUAUUGAAAUACACUUAGAUAUUCCAUCUGUGUGGUUGAGAGGGCAUGUCUGUUAACUUUUAAGUUUAAUUAGUUUUUUCCCUUCAGUCACUGUUCUAUACAUCUGCCAAUUUGUCUUUCAGUUAAUUUAGUUCGCAGAAGAAACGGUAAUAUUCUUAUUGUAGUUGUGCCAAAGUUCUACUGAGAAAACAAUAUGUUCUAGCUUGGAGUCAUUCCUAAAUUGCAUUAGCUAAUUUUGCAGUCCUGCUGAAUCGCAGACUUGGUAAGCAAACCAUAUGAAAUUUCUCCUAGUUUUCAGAUUUCCCAUCACCCCCCUGUUGUAUAAAUAAUUCCCUGAAUAUUGGCAUGUUUCCAGCAUUCUUACCCAAGCUUCUGGGUUUUUUUCUUUAUUUUUUGUUCUGUGUUUAAAUUGUUUGCAAAUGCUGUUCAGCUUCUCAUUGUGUGCUCAUUUCACAUAUUCUUUCUUUUGUUAGAAUGAGUUUAAAAAAAUAUUUCUAAGAUUGUUAAAAUGAGAUCAGGCCUAGCUUUAUUCUGCGUUAGCUUUGUAACACUUUCUUUACUUCAUGAACUGUGUUCACAAAUUGUGGUCAGUUUCUAGCACUUACGCAUUUUAAUCUAAAUCAGUUUCAGCUGUUGUCUCCAUGAUGAUUUCAGAUGUUUUUCUAGAAAUGCUGUAUGUGCUACCUUUAUUCAAAUAUUCAGCUAUCAUAACAAGAUUUUUUUUUCAUACUGUUGUUUUGCUGCUUGCAUAAUCUACAAAGAGCUGUGUUACCAAAGUAAAUGGAAGUAAAUGUUGUGACUUAAUCUGAAUUUCUGUAUUCUAGGAAGAAUUCCCCUCAAGUUUUUAUUUGCAGAAGUCUAUGUGUAUGUUGUAGUUGGGGGUUGUUAAAAAGCCCAGAAGCUAGAGGAAACUUCAAGGAUGUAUCCUGUCUCCUGUAUUGCAGUGUGUAUCUUGAGCUCCUGUCUUUUGUACCUUCCCAGCUGGUUAGAAAGCUGCGUAUAUGAUAUUGUAGCUGAACAGUUUCACUACCUGAAGGGAUUUGAUGCUGGGGUUAUUGCCGUAACUGCAUGUAUUUUUAGGCUGAAUGAUAGAUUGGUCUGGUGUUGGGGUUUUCAUAAUAUUUUAUUAAAAUGGAGAACUCACACUGUUAAUGUUCUAAAUGUGCAUGUCCUAGCCUCAAAACCUACAAUAUGAAACUGUCAAAUAAUUAAAUUUAUUUGUUAGAAUGUUGGACUUCCCCCAGAAGGGGUGAUGCCUGACAAACCUUUUAAAGCAUGAUACGGAAAUACUUUGUUUGCAGAUCAGUUUGUUUCAAUGGGUAUCUAACUCUGUAAUGCAUUUUUGAUUCCAAAAUGGUAUUUAAAUUUGACUGCAGUUUUGUGUGGUCAGGAGCCUGACUUCUUGUUGGAAUACAUUGCCCACUUUUUAAUAAAUAUGUUGAGUUAUGUAUUAUAUGCCAAAUCUUUCAGCCAUUCAUGAGGUAAACCUGUGCUGGGGUCUGUACUGUGAUGACUGCUGUACGAUUUGGUCUCUUCCUCUUUUGUAUAAUCACAACACAGUAGGUUGGUAAAAAUAUUGUACACUGUAACUGGUAUUAGAACUGUUAAUUAAAACAUGUUCUCUCUAAUGGAGUGUACUGCACUUCAUUGAAAUCAUUAAGAUGCAUCUUUUUUGUAGAGAUGCUAUUUGUGUUGAUGGAUAUGACCGAGAACAAACUGUAUGUUAAUGAAGCCAUAUGUACAAGGCCUGUGUAUCUUAAAUUUUAUAAAGAAAUACUGAACACUUA